AUGCGUUUCCAAUCCACCACUGCAGCCUUGCUGCUGCUGGGCGGUGUUCAAGCGCAAACUACGCUGCCACCUCCGCCGACUGAAACGUCAUCGUCGGAGACAUGCGCCAUCAACUUGACGCCGAGUUAUGAUGUUACCAUAGCAAAGGGCUGGACGGCGCAUCUGCUUGCUCGAAACCUCGGCUUCGCCCGUAGCAUCAAGCUUGAUGGCAGAGGCGGUCUCCUCGUUGUUUCUGCCCAAAGCGGCAUCGUCCACCUCAACGUCACCGACAGAGCAAGCACCUGCCCCUACGUAAUCAACAACAUCACUGUCAUCGAAGACGAACGACCCCUCCAGCUCAACCAUGGCAUUGAACUCUCCCCCUCAGGCCGCACCCUUUACGCCUCCUCCCGCGAAAGCGUCUGGGCAUGGGACUACGACCCCUCCACCGCCUCGGUGUCCAACCGCCGCGAGAUAAUCACCAACAUGACCAACACCGACCACGUCUCCCGCACCCUCUUCCUCUCCCCCUCCCACCCCGACCUCCUCUUAGUCUCCCGCGGCAGCGCCUCUAACAUCGACCCCUUAUCCAUCCCCUUGGAAAACGGCAUCUCCCAAAUCCGCGCCUUCAACAUCUCCAACCUCACCUCCACGAGCCCACCCUACAGCUACCCCUCCCAGGGCCUCCUAAUCGGCUCCGGCCUGCGCAACUCAGUCGGAAUAGCCGAGCACCCCAUCACUGGGGGUGUAUUCAGCGUGGAAAACAACAUCGACCAAACCACCCGCCUCGGCACCGACAUCCACAACGAAAACCCAGGCGAAGAACUCAACUUUCACGGCUUCCUCAACGGGUCCUUACCAGAAAACCGACACCACGGCUACCCGUUCUGUUUCCCGUUGUACAACAGAACCGACUUCCCCGACCUCAACACCCUGACCACGGGGGAUCAGUUCUCCCUGAAUCAAACCGCCGAGUUGAACGAUGAGACUUGCGCACGGGAGUAUGUCCCCCCGCGGCUGACAUUCAAGGCGCACAUGGCACCGCUGGAUAUCAAGUUCAACAGUGAGGGGACGAGGGCUUACGUCUCGUUUCAUGGGAGCUGGAAUAGGGAUGAGCCGGAGGGGUAUAAAGUCGCAGAGGUGGAGUGGGAUGCCGGGACGGGGCAGCCAGUUCAUAGCGCAAAGAGUUUGAAUGCCGCGAGGGAUUUAUUGAAUACGGGGGAUGUGCACCGGUGCAGGCCGGAUGGGAUUUUUCUGAGGCCUGUUGGGUUGCAGGUGGAUGGUCGAGGGAGGGUGUUUGUUAGCAAUGAUUAUGGAGGGGAGGUUUGGGUUUUGGAGCAGACGGGGGAUGUGGAGGAGGAAAGUUGGGAGGAGGUGAAUUAUGGGGGGGAUGAUGGCAAUGAUGAUGGCAAUGAUGAUGGAGAGGGGAAUGGUGGUGGGAAUGGUGGAACAGGAACAGAUGAUGAGGAGCCGGCUGAGACUUCUAAUCCUGCAGUGAAGGGGGCUGGAACAGUAAGGACGGAGGGGUGGGUGGUGAUGGGAAUGACAAUUGUGUUGUCGUUUGUGGGGGGGAUCUUUGUGAUUGUUGCUUAG